CUUCACGGACCCGGCUGUGUCCAUGGACCUGCUGCGGGCAGUCCUGCAGCCCAGCAUCAACGAGGAAAUCCGGGGCGUCUUCAACAAGUACAUGAAGUUUUUCCAGAAGGCAGCAAUCAACGUGCGCGAUAAUGUUGGGGAUGAGGUGGACCCGGAGCAGCUCAUCCAAGAGACGUGUCGGAGCUGCCUUGAGCAGGCCAAACUGCUGUUCUCUGAUGGCAAAAAGGUUGUUCCCAGGUUGCCCCACGAGCAGGCAGUACCAAAGCGUGCCCGACAGAUGGAUGAGGAGCUGAAUCGUCGAGGGAGCCCUAUUCCUAAAAAGAGAAAGGGGCGGCCUCCAGGACAGAGCCUGUCAAACGAUCGCGGAGUCUCAGGCAUGACUGCGUGGAAGCUCAAAGUCUCUGAGCCCGUGAGAAGGGAUGGACCAAAGUGGGAUCCAUCCCGACUGACUGAAACCACAACCUUUGUGCUGGGAUCUCGAGCAAACAAAGCUCUCGGGAUGGGAGGAACAAGAGGGCGACUCUACAUCAAGCAUCCCCACCUCUUUAAGGUCAGAUGCCGCAGCAGGACACGUCCUCCUUCAGGGUUUGCUCAGAAACGGUUUCUGAUGGGAAUCGGGAGCUACGCAGCCGACCCGCAAGAUAAGCACUGGCUGGCAGAGCAGCAGCACAUGAGGGCCACUGGGGGCAAGAUG